GGGAUAAGCCCCGAUGUGCCUUAAAAUAGAAGUUAAUUGCGCCCAAGUCUGUACAUGAAAAAGCAGGUCACAUGAUGAGAUGAUAUAAACUGGUUUUCAUUAUCUUUCAGAAAGCAAGCGAAUCUCGUUAGAAAUCGAUUAGCGGCUCCUAGUCGUUUUGAAAUCGUGUGCAGAGACGGAAGUGGGUGGUGCCUGGGCUUUGGUCAACUAGCGCACGGAUUACACUGCUACAGCUGUAGUCGAGAGGUUGCCAGUCUCUGUUCUACUGUCAACAAAGAUGGACAGCAUAGCAACCAACACUGAAAUAAAAGGGCUAGUCCAUGUUCACAUUCCAGUUUUCUCAGCAAGUCUUCCUGUGAUACCAAAACGCUAUAUAAUGCCAUGGAAAAAAGACAUGAAAAAUCGAAAAUUAAUCCUAAAAAAUGCUGCUCUUGCUGAAAUUCCUCAUGGACCACAUGAUGCCAGCUUGUUUUGGGAGCAUCGAGAGAGGCUGUGCCAUUCAGAACCUAGAGCAGCUGUGCUGAUGAAAACACAGGAUGUUGUGAUUCCCAGAGUGUUAAAUCCACCAAAUGGUUCUCACUACUCUAGAUUCCUAAGUUCUGUGAUCAAUAGAAGAGAUAUGCAAUGAUUCUUAUAAACUGUGCUUUCUUAUUUGAGUUUUAGUCAUUUCUGUCUAUUAAAAGACAUUCUCACUAUUGUUACAUAAAGAGACUGAAAGUACUAACUUAAUUAUCACAACACUGGCAGUUAUAGAAGACCUUCUUUCUUGUCUAACUUAAAGCUGGAGCAGGUGUGGUAUUUUGAAAAGCUUAAUGCUAUAUCAGCCAAUCUGAGACAAUUUCUAUUUUCAAACCCUUAAUUAGCUUAGGAAAGAAUAACACAAAAGAUAGACUUUCCAGUAUAACUUUUAACAUACUAGAGAAUAGGCUUUGCAGAAUGACAUUUUAGAUACUAGAGACCAUAUAUCACCGUACAAGUGACCAUUCGUACAUUUUGAAUGAAUACAUUAUAUUGGGCUUUGAUAAGUAUUAAUGAAGCCAUAAAUAUAGACUGUCUCACAAUCAGUUAUAUCACCAAAGAAUUAAUGUGUGAUCUUUGUAACUAAGAAUUGACUUUGAAUGGUUUCAAAAGGCAUGCUGCAGGAAUUAUCUGUGCCAGGAAAUUAGAUAUUAUUCCAUAAUCUGUUUUCACAAUCUUUUUUGGCUGACAGAUCUCAUUUCUUUUUAGUGAAGUUUUUUUGCUGCUUAGCAACUCUUUAUCUGUCAUAUUUUUUGCCUCCUGACUUGUGUUUGUUUUUUUGUGUCUGCCAUUGCUCUAACUUAAACAUUGUACCAGCUUAUUCUCCUGUUGUUGCCUUUUUGCUUGCUUGUUUUCUCUAGUAUUACUAUUGAUAUUUUUGUUAAAUUCUUUCUUUCACAGUGAUACGAUAGGUUUACCUUUCAUCAUGUACCAAGUUGUCCAUGUGUGUCAUCUUUGUUGGAUGCAUAUUAAUGUAGUCAGAGAUGGCUUUCAUUGUCCGCAUGGUGCUAGAGGCUCAUCCCGAUGUGUUGAAUGGUAUAAGUGAAAGAUUUCACUUCAUAGGUGGGUAGUAUUUAGUCAGAAUCCCCUCAUUGCAGAAAAGUUAAAGUACAAAUGUUGGACAGCCUUACAUGUCUUAUUGGUUUUCUUUUUUUAUCUAAACCUAUGUCUGAUAUGUGAAGCAAAUCUGAAAAUGUUGUCAAUGUACUAAAUAGGUAAUUACUAAAAUGAUAAGUUGAAUUGUAAAAGUUUUAAACUUUUUAUGCAUGAUUCCUGCUCUGAGUAUGAACAUAACCACAUCCUUAUUGUACCAUACUAUGAAUAAGUAAAUAUUUGAAGAAGAUGACCAUUAACUUGCUUUGCCUCUGAUUGUUAUCACUAAAGUUUUGAAGUCAUGCUUAAUACCAAACAAAAAACUAUAUUUUUUUGCCAAAAUAUUGUACAGAAAAAAUGUAGAGAUUGGAGGGAAAAUAGUGUGUAGCCUACUUAAACAAAACACACUUGUAACAAUGUAUGUAAAGUCGUAGUGAUAGAAUUAGAAAUACUGCAAACUGUCAGAAAUAAAUUGGGUCUUUUUUUUAUUUGAUAAAAGACAAAAAUACUGUGCUUAUCAAAAAAGAUUACACGAUAUUUAAAAUACAAGAAAAAUGAGAACAAAAAAUAUAAGCCUUUGCUAAUGUCAUGGAAUUAGGUAAAAAAUAAAAAAAGGUAUAAGGACAAACAUUAAUCUUAAUGUUUGCUUACAAUAUAGUCAGAUAUUAAAGAAAUAUAGAAUGGCAGAUUCAAAGUACUGCAGAGUAGAGUUUGUUUUUCAUGCGACAUUCAAAUUUUACGAUCAGUAUGACCAGUGAACCCUCAUAGACAGACUCUAUAAGUGAAUUCCAAAGAGAAAUAGUCAAUGAAUUAAAUCACUUUCCAGAAAGAGUUGCACAGCAUAAAUAUGUGGUAGUGAAAAGGCUAAUGUUAGACAGUACUUCUUGUUUUCUUGUUAUUGGGACAAGCAGCAAUGACAAGUCAUUUUGCAAUAUUAGACUUGCAGGGUAGCAGCCCUCUGUAAUAGAUAGGGUGAAGGAGGUGUGUGGAGGAUGGUCAGUGAGGGACAGAGAAGAGGAGAAGAGAAUUCAUUCAGACAGAUGGUAGUGUGGCCAUGAGCAUAAAUCACAAAGUGUCUUAAAGACCUGAGAAAAUUAAUAAGGGGGUGUUUACCCUGUAGUCGAUCUCCUAAAGCAAGCUACUACACACUCAUACAUAUCACAUUUUUACUAUUUGAAAUAAGAUGGUUCUUACCUUUAGAAUAUAAUAUAUUAUAAUAUAGCCAGCCAUUGCCACCAAAGGGGAAAAUGUCAUGUCAUUUGCAGACCCACUUAGCCCUGACCAGGGGUGCUGGUGGUACAGGAGCCUAACCGAGAAAGCAUAUGUCGCAAGGAAUGAAAAACCCCAGACAGGACACCAGCCCGUGAACACACACAACAAACACACACCGGGGCAAGUUUAACAUUGCCAAUUCACCUAGCCAACAUGUCUUUAGACAGUGAGGGGAAACUGGAAAACCCAGAGGAAGCCCACACAGACAUGAGGAGAAAAUGCAAACUUCACGUAGGAAGGACCCGGGACGUGAACCCUGGUCUGCUAAAUGGUCAAUGUUUAGCAAUGGCAACAUUGUAGCAGCCGAUCUGUAGUCAUUCCACAAUAUACUGCACAUUUAUAUUUUUUUUGGUCAAGAAAUCUUUCUCCUUAUGAUAUUUAUCUCCUACGUUAGAUAAUAUUCUCUCCCAAUUUGAAAUUAUUGCAUUAUAAAAGUGUUAAUGGAAUCAGUGUUCAAAAUCUAUUUUUAUUCUAAAGUCAAUGCUUUUAGCAUCGUGUUAAUGGUCAUGUUCACUGACUAAAUUUAGUCACUAUUUUGUAACAGUGGAGGACCAAUGUGCUGCAGAAUAUGCAUGUAGCAAACGGAAAUUUGGUAUUUGCCCAAUUAAACAUGUUAACUUGCAUUUGUUCAUGAAAUGGGUGAAAACAUUUGAUUUUUAAUAUCAAAAAUGUACAGAUUACUAAAGAAUUCUCUUUGUCAGGGAGCCAUGUGACUAUUGUAUACUUUUUAUCUGCAUAUUACUGUAUGUUCUUUUUACUUUUACUUAUGUGUGUUCUCUGGCAGAAUGUUUUGUAUGUUAGUUAUCCAGUUUCUAAUUUGAGCAUAUCUUUAAAAGCAAUUUCUUUUGACGAAUGAUAAUAAGGACAAUUUAACAAGUAUUGCAAUAAAACAUGAGAGGAAAAAAGACUUUUGCACUACUCAUCAUUUUUCUGCAGCAUCUUGUUCCUGUCUGUCUGGUGGGACAGCUUGCUUACUUUACUCACCUUAAAAAAAACAACAACAAAGCAGACUCCUUCCACUCACCAUUUCUUUCUCUGAUCCACUAGCUGUGCUGCCUCUGUUGAGCUUUUGCUGGAAUUCUCUGCAGCAUCCAUGCCAUAAUUAGAGACAACUAACGAAGGAAACAGGUACAUGUUGUUUUUGAAAUAUUAAUCUGUUAACUUCUUUUUCAUUCAUCUUUAAAUCUUUGGUGAAAACUACAGUACACAAAGGUAUGAAAUUUACCUGAAAAAUGAUACAUCCCUUAGAUAACUGAUUAUAUCAGUAUGUUUUACCUACAGUAGAUUGCUCUUACCAACAAAUGACUGUGAGGGUUUUUUUUUUUUUUAAUUAGGCAUUAAAUAGUUCCACUCGUGUUAUUACGGGUGUAUAUGUGUGUGUGUGUGUGUAUAUAUAUAUAUAUAUAUAUAUAUAUAUAUACACUUCAUAAUACAGAGGUGUUAACUGUUUACAGUAGAUAUAGGUUUUACCACUUUGCAAUGGUACAUGCUAAUAAAUGUUGUUGGUAUAUGUUUCUGAGGAAAACUACUAGCUCACAUUAAUUUGUUUAUAUAUGCCUAAUAUAGAAAAAUAUAUAAUUUUAAUAAAGUAAAAUUUAUUUUGGAAGGAUUGCAUUGUCCUCUUUUUCUCUACUAUGUAAUUAUGUGUAAUUUGUAAAGUCUAUUGAUUUUAUUUAUCAGAUUUGCUGCAUUACUCAAUUGCAGAAGCCCAUAUUGUGGCCUUUUCCAGGAGUUCCACAUAUGCUUCACUUUGCUUCAUGCACAGUGUGUUCCAUGUUAUCUUUAUAAAUGUGUUAUCAUACUAGAUUGUUGCAUGGAAAUGAUUAAGACCUUUUAAGGAAUAUAACUAAUGUAACCUUUGUUCUGCACCACUUUGGACAAAACAAAAUAAAGAUAUUG